GAUUUUUAUUAUCAACAUCUGUCUUGUUAACUUUUUUUCUGAUUUUAGGAACUUGAUUAUCUUGCUGGAGCUGUGGCAAACCCCAAGAAGCCAUUUGCCGCUAUUGUUGGUGGUUCAAAGGUAUCAACCAAGAUUGGGGUUAUUGAAUCUCUCUUGGCUAAGGUUGACCUGCUCUUGCUUGGCUAAGGAAUGAUCUUUACUUUCUACAAAGCCCAAGGAUACUCAGUUGGAUAACAGCAAGCUUGUGCCUGCAUCACAAAUUCCUUAUGGUUGGAUGGGGUUGGAUAUUGGACCCGAUUCCAUCAAGACCUUUAGUGAAGCUUUGGACAAAACAAAGACUAUCAUCUGGAAUGGACCUAUGGGUGUGUUUGAGUUUGACAAGUUGGCAGCUGGAACUGAGGCAUGUGAAUCAGCUUCGGAGGCAAUUGCAAGGAAACUUGCAGAGCUUAGUGGCAACGGGGUAACAACAAUCAUAGGUGGAGGUGACUCUGUUGCUGCUGUUGAGAAGGCAGGACUCGCUGACAAGAUGAGCCACAUCUCCACUGGUGGUGGUGCCAGCUUAGUGCUUCUUGAAGGGAAAACUCUCCCAGGUGUCCUUGCUCUUGAUGAUGCUUGAGCUCUAAAGUUUUGUGCCUCCUUGUUUUGUGAAUUUUCAUUUUACUUGAAUGCGGCUGGUUUUUCAGCUCAAACUGGAGUGAUGAUAAAUGUUUCUUUACGAGGUGCAUUGGGAUGUAUCUGUUUUGCUCCAAUUUACACGACUUAGCAGGUCGUGCGGAAUCGGUUUUUUUUAAC